AUGAAGGCUCUAAUUACGCUGGGCACUUGUGUACAGCUGUACGUCAAGUUCAUCAUCGGACAUAAAAAGGCAAGUGAGCUCAAGUUACUUAGCGAUAACAUUGAGCAGGCUAUCCUGCAGCGCUAUGAAAAUGGAAAAGCAGAGGAAAUUGCCGUACUGCAACGUACUGGCCGUAUACUUUGGUUUAUUUUUCGUUUCAUGCGCACAUCGGUUAGUAGCGCUGCAUUUGGAUUCUUUUUAUAUCCAGUUAUUGCUUACUAUACGACCGGGAAACUGAUGCCUUUGUUCAUGAUCGAGCUUCCCUAUUACGGUUGGACAACUACCAUGGGACUAGCGAUGAACAUGUUUUGUCAAGCGAAUAUAUUGGUGAUUGGAACGAUGGGAGCUAUAAUGUCCGAUUUUCUAUUCUUCAUGUAUGCGAUGUAUGCAAUGACAUGCAUUGAUAUUUUUAUUGUGCACCUACGUGAGCUAGAGACGCUGCUAAAAGAAAUUCAUAUUCAUGAAAAGGACUGUGCAAAACAAACAUCAAUAAUGCGGCAAAAAUGGAUUCAGUGCAUGCAAGAUCACCAACAAGCUACUAGCUUUCUAAAUACGGCUGAAGACAUUUUCGGAAUAACGUGUUUAGCACAAGUGCUUAUGGGAAUAUUCACGGUCUGUGAUGGAAUGCUACUGGUAGCUUUGACAUUUUGGUUUCCUACCUAUUGUUUUCUGUUGGUGAUGUUUGUCGAGCUUUCAAUUUACUUUGUGAUUGGACAUUUUGUAGAACUGAAGAUCGAUGAAAUGUACAACAGUAUCAUCUCGAUGCCGUGGUAUAAACUACCAGUGGAGGAACAGAAGGAAUUCGCCUUUCUGAUGUGCAGACAGCAACGUCCCAUGAUGUUAACAGCUUAUGGGUUUCUCACCAUGAACUUCGAGUCAUACAUGAGUUACGUUGAAUAA